GCUGUGGUGUGUAAAGCGGGGAGUCCUGAGGGAUCAACAGUAAUUUCAACAAACCUCUAGGUGUGUUGUGUAUGACAGGACUGUUAUGUCUCUCUGACGGCCGGCGUGCCACUUGGAUUGGUUCCUUGUGUGUGUGGAGUGUUUUGGUCUCGAUCGGACUGGCCCCGAGACAAUCAGCACCAUGGGAUCCGUUAUGUAUGAGAUUAUGCAGCAGGAGAUCAGGCCCCUGCUGGCUGUGGACAUCAUAGAACAGCUCCAUCGCCAGUUUGCCAUGCUGUCCGGAGGGCGAGGCAAAGAUGGCGCCCCCAUCAUCACCUUCCCGGAGUACUCGGCCUUCAGCGACCUGCCUGACGAAGACUUCCUGAAUGUGGUGACCUACCUGACCAGCAUCCCCAGCCUGGACGCUGCCAGUAUCGGCUUCAUCAUCAUUAUCGACCGGCGGAAGGACAAAUGGAGUUCGGUUAAGGCCUCCCUCACCAGGAUAGCUGGGGCAUUUCCAGGGAACCUACAACUGGUGUUAGUCUUGAGACCGUCCAGGCUCCUCCAAAGAGCAAUAGCUGACAUUGGUAUCAAGCUGCACAGAGAUGACUUCAAAAUGAAGGUACCGAUUGUGAUGCUUAACUCACUAUCAGACCUGCACAGCUACAUCGACAAAGCCCAGCUGACCUGUGAACUAGGAGGGAACCUGGACUAUUGUCACAGUCAAUGGAUUCACCAUCGAACUGCCAUAGAGAAUUUUGCAGUGACCGUGAAAACCACAGCUCAGAUGUUGCAGAAGUUUGGGACAGACCUGGCGGAGACGGAGCUGCCUAAUGACGUCCAGUGCACCAAAGACCUGCUCACGGCACACACUGACAAACACAACAAACUCAAGGAUGAACUGAAGCUAGCACUGAAGCAGGGCACCACCCUGCUCGGUUGUAUCAAGGAGCAGGCGGCCAAAUCAGAAAGCCACAAACUCAACCCAGAUGAGAUGGAAAACCAGACGACAGUGGAAAGGUUGUUGGCCCAGCUGGAUGAGACCGAGAAUGCCUUUGAACAGUUCUGGUCUAAACACCAUCUGAAACUGGAGCAGUGUUUGCAGCUACGCCACUUUGAACAGGACUUUCGAGAGGUGAAGGUGACCUUAGACGGCUUGAUGGACAGUCUGACUAGCCUAUCAGAUAUAGGGGAUUGUGUUGCAAGGGUGGAACAUCUACUCAAGGAGCUCAAAGCCUUGGAGGAGAAGGCUCAGGCCCCCCUAGAGAAAGCCCAGCUCCACGCGCUGCACGGGGACCAGCUGAUCCAGAGCAACCAUUAUGCUGUGGACUCCAUUCGGCCCAAGUGUGUGGAGCUGCGACGCGUCUGCGAUGACUUUAACAAUGAGGCCAAGAAGAAGACAGACAUCCUCUCCAAAUCACUGCAGAUACACAGAGGCAUUAACAAGGUGAACCAGUGGUGUGAGACCGGUAUCUAUCUGCUAGCCUCCCAGGCUGUUGACAAGUGUCAGUCACAGGAAGGGGCGGAGUUAGCGCUGGCGGACAUUGAGCGCUUCCUGGAGUCGGCAGAGGAGAAUCAGCUGACUGAACUUAGGAACAUCCACAAUCAGUAUGAAGUUGUACUCUCAGAGGAUGUCAAGGCCACCGUCCUGAAGGCUUUGAAGAGGCUGGAGGACGUGCAGGAGAUGUUUGAGAAGCGACACAUCAGUCUGAAGAAGAUGUCGGCCAAACAGACCCGGCCUGUCCAGCCCGUAGCGCCACGACCCGAGUCCUCGCCCAAACGACCCUCGCUUAAAAACACCAGCAGGACCACCGGAGCCCAGCAACCCCUCGCUCGCAGAGCUUCAGACAGCUCCAACAGCAGCAAACAGCCGGCCGAGGCUGACCCCAACAAGAAGAAGAACAUACGAAAGGCGAAGGGAGGCAUCAAGAUUGAGGUAAUGCAUGAGGGGAGCCAGGGCGGCUCCACCCACCUUGUGGUGUCCAGUGAGACAGAGGAAAGUUUGUCCAACAGACGCAGGCAUAUUAUGACUGAGCUGAUUGAAACAGAGAGGCUGUAUGUUGAGGAGCUGCAGAGCAUCAUGGAGGGUUAUUUUGCAGAGCUGGACAACUCGGAGCUUAGCCACCUCAUCCCCCCUUCACUGGACAAUAAAAGAGAUGUGUUGUUUGGCAAUUUGCCAGAGAUUUAUGAAUUCCACAACAGGACAUUUCUAAAGGAGCUGGAGAACUGUGCAGAAAAACCAGAGCUGGUGGGAACAUGCUUUCUGAAAAGGAAAGAAGAACUGCAAGUUUAUGAGAAGUACUGUCAGAAUAAACCACGUUCUGAGGUCCUUUGGAGACAGUGUGGAGACAGCCUGUUUUUUCAGGAGUGCCAGAAGAAGCUCGACCACAAGCUGUCUCUGGAUGCCUAUCUAUUGAAACCCGUCCAACGGAUCACCAAGUACCAGCUCAUGCUCAAGGAGAUGCUGAAGUGCAGUAAAGGAGAGGGGACGGUGGAGUUGGAGGAGGCUCUAGCCACAAUGCUGGACAUCAUAAAGUCAGUCAACGACUCCAUGCACCAGAUAGCCAUCACUGGCUUUGAGGGCAACCUGAGCGAGCUGGGUAAGCUGCUGAUGCAGGGAUCUUUCAAUGUGUGGACAGACCACAAGAAAGGCCAUAGCAAGGUGAAGGACCUUGCAAGGUUUAAGCCCAUGCAGAGACACCUGUUCUUGUACAACAAGAUGCUGCUGUUCUGCAAAAAGCGAGAGGAGACGACGGACGGACAUGAGAAGACCCCGUCCUACAGCUUUAAACACUCUCUCAAGAUGAGCGCCGUGGGCAUAACGGAGAAUGUCAAGGGUGACAGUAAGAAGUUUGAGGUGUGGUACAACGGCAGGGAAGAGGUUUACAUCGUCCAGGCUUCCUCCAUGGAUGUGAAAAAUAUGUGGGUGUCAGAGAUUCGAAAAGUUCUAACGGGCCAACUUGAGGCUUGCAGAGAGGCCAGCCAGCUCCACCAGAAGAUCUCUGAGAAUAUCUACAGUGCCCCCAUGAGGAAUGUACGCAAGAUGGCGCUGAGGCAAUCUGAUUCAUCGAGCCCUGAGACGGGAUUCAAGAGGUCCAACCCAAGCCCAACCAUGAGACAGAAGCGAGGGUGGAGCCAGAGGCGUCUACCGUCCAUGGACACAGAAGAUUUUGAGACGAUCCCCUCCAGCGCUGAGGAACUAUCCAACUCCUCGGAAGAAGAAGGCAGCAAUAAAAAUGGAGAGAGUGGUCGCUUCCGUGUGCAGCUGACCUAUGAGUCUCGCGCAGCCAGAGACAUCUCUCUGGAGUCAGGUGACCUUGUGGAGUUCCUAGAGGAGGCAGAGAAUGGACACUGGCUAGUCAAGAACCUAUUAACAGAGAAGACAGGGCUGGUCCCAUCCUGUAUACUACAAACAGCAUCUGAUGGAGAUAUCUUCAGUGAUCUUUGCACAGCUGCACUGUCUGACUCGGAUGACAACUAAGCCAGUACCUGGGAUAACAUGUCUUAGGACAGCAGAUAAACAUGGUCGACUAUUGUAACUUUUACCCUGUAGCCUAUCACGAUGGACAACAAAUGAGGCUAACAACUAUAGUUUUUCAACUGUAGUUCUCCAUGCCGGACUACAAACAUGGUCAGUUAUUCUACUUCUCCAGGCGUGGUUCUCCAUGUUGGAUGACAAGCUCGGCGGCUGUCAUUUCUGCCCAUAUCUGACUCGCUUUAGCUUUUCUAUGAAUCAUGGGGAAAAGUUGGAGCUUGGACCAGCCUAAAGGCAAUGGUGGGAAAGCCAUAAAGGACUCUCAGACCGAAGACCCAUAAGCACCAGCUCUCAUCCAUAGGGAAUUGUGGUGUCUCAGAUGUGGUGGAUCCGCUAGAAAGAGAACUUCAAAAUCUGUUGGGUCAAUGCAAUCUUUUUGAAAGAGAACUACAAAUUUGUAUCUGUGACUGAGUUGGAUACUUUGAUUUUGCAAAAAUGGAUUAAUGUCUCGUGUUCUGGUCAAAGAACGAGCCUUGGCUAGGGGUUUUCUGUUGCUGCUAAGCUGCACUGCAAAAAAACAAAACAAAAAAUGUUUGUGAACCGUUUGACUGUCUCCCUGCUGCUCUGCUUCAGCUGCUAAACGUUUUCAGGUUCAAACAUCAGACAUUUAGGAGUACUUUCACGGCUUCUUCAUAGGCAACAUCAGCGACACCUUCUGCAGACGAAUCAGGAACUUGACCGCUGGCUUUUCUGCUCCCUUGCAGAGCGCCGAUGUGUUUCUGUUGACAAACUUUAAACGGCUCUUAAACCUGUAUACCUGCUGUAUAGACACAAUUCAGAGUGAGUUACACAAGCAGGCAAGGGCGUGUGCGGAGCGAAAGACCUGCUGCGUCCCGCCUCCAAGGAUGCAACGCCGUCCGCUAUUGGUCCAUCAUGUCAGACGCAACAAGUAGUCACACACACGUGGCUCCGUUUUCAGUUGGUGGGCAAACGUUUUGAUCGUUUCGUUUCUCCAGCAAGUGACCGAUGUUCUUUUACAGCACGUUGGAAGUUCGAAACCCACGACCUUACCGGCCCUCGCACCUUACCGGGCCUGUUCCCAUUCCAAAGUGCUUUACAUCUCUUUUGCAUAGGUCAAGGAAACAGGUGUUGCUGUUUUGUGCGCGCGGGGUCUUUGAAAGACUGUCAGGUGACCCAACGUUGAAUGACGAAUUCGUUUUCUAUGCCAGUAAUUGUUUCACGAG